AUGUUGGGGAAAAACGCUUUGCUUCGUCUUUCGCUUGCAUUUUCAGUAUUGUUGCAGGUUAAAUCGGAAUCACCUAUUGUGAAUCUACCAAAUGGACAAAUACGAGGGACACAGGAUACACUAUCAAAUCCUCACAAUUCGCCCUACCUACAAGAUCGCGAUCUGACCUACAAUAAGUAUCUUGGAAUUCCAUACGCUGAACCACCAGUUGGAAAUCUGAGGUUCAGACCUCCAAAGCCGCUCGAUAAAAAAUGGUCAGGUGUUAGAGAUGCAACCACACAUGGCACUGCGUGUAUGCAACACAAAACGAAGAUAAUCCCACCCCCCGAUAAAAUGAGUGAAGAUUGUCUGUACCUUGAUAUCUGGUCGCCUGGGAAUAAUACAAAUUCUGAGCCCAAGGCAGUCAUGGUUUGGAUUCAUGGAGGCGGGUACACAUUGAUAUAUACUGGUUUAUAUGACGGUGCCAUGCAUGCAGUGAUUGGCGAUGUGGUAAUUGUCAUGAUGAAUUAUAGAUUAGAUGUAUUUGGUUUCCUCAGUACAGGGGAUGGCGCGGUACCAGGUAAUAUGGGUUUGCUGGACCAACAGCUUGCUAUUCGGUGGGUGAAAGACAACAUUGCUUUAUUUGGAGGUGAUCCAAAAAAAAUUACCUUAUUUGGGGAAUCAUCAGGAGCAACGAGUGUUACGCAACAAGCAAUUGCGCCAUCUAACAGAGGACUUUUUCAGCGGGUCAUAUCUCAAAGUGGAACGAUAUUCACAGAGUAUGCAUUCCAUCACAAAGACAUGUUACAAGCCGUUUUAAAAACGGCCAGGUCAUUAAACUGUACAGAUGUUUCAGUCCGAAAGCUUAUCGAAUGUCUGCAAGGUGUAGAUGCUGAGGAAUUGCUGAAUGCUUCACGGCCUGCAUUAGAUGGAAUUGAUGUUAUUUGGGGUUGGAAUCCAGUUGUUGAUGGGAAAUUUAUAAUCAAACAACCACGUGAUAUGCUACGUAGUAAGAUCCGUGGGCCAAUCAGAGAAAUGUUUAAGAAUAUAGACCUUAUGGUUGGGCACAAUAGUGAUGAAGGUUACAUGUUUCUACAGUUUUAUGGCUUAUUCCAACAUCCCAAAUUUGAUGCAUGGAAUCCAGCGUGGAAUAAUGUUUCGUUUCUUCGGCCAAUUUUAGAUAAAAUCAUGCGGAGUAUCGGUGCCAAGUAUGGAGAGCCAAAAGCUGAAAUAAUUUAUGAAACACUUGCGUACAUGUACCUUGAUUUUCACAAAGGAGCUGAAUUCGACGGUGAACAACUUGCUAGAAUAGCUACAGAACUUAUUACUGAUGAAUGGUUUUUGGUUCCAGCAUUACAAUUUGCGAAAUUGCAUGCAGGGUUCGGUGGCCGAACUUUCAAAUAUCACUUUGCGUAUCGACCUUCUUCGAGUUUACAUCCUGAUUGGAUCAAAGGGGCUGACCACGAUGCAGAGUUUCCAUUCCAGUUCGGAACUUUCCCUGUUGAUCCUGUUGAUCAACUAGUGGCAUACACUUUGAUAUCAUACUGGAGCAACUUUGCCAAGACAGGAAACCCUAACGAACAAGCAGCUAGUUAUGCAAUGUUACCAGAGUGGCCUCGAUUCACAAAAGAAAAGAGUCAGUACCUUGAAAUAUCCACCAAAUCAAGUCAACCCGGAGAUAUCAUCAAGCCUAACCGGGUUCACUUUUGGACUAAGUAUCUUCCUAAAAUUGUUGCUUCUGCUAAAUCUAGGAAAACAAGUCGACAACAAAGAAAAGCAAAUGAGGAUUGACACUACAGCACAUGGAAUUUAAGGCAUCGUUAAUUGAAUUUUAUGGAGUUUCAGCUUAUCAAAACUUUAAAACAUGUUGUGCUACAACCGAACACAUGUCAAAUGAACCUAACUUGUCCCGUACUAUUU